AUGCAAAAGCGUGUGUAUACUACCGAGCGUGCGUACAGCACUGCAGAUCUGAUGCUUGCGGCUGCCAUAGGACGACGCAUAACGACAGCAUGGCCCGGUGUUUUUCGCCGAGGACCAGGCAGGUGCGCUCUACAUGCUGCGUCAAGGGCGCUGUGGUGCAAACCAACGACGCACACUAGGGACAACAUGUGUCAGAACAGCAAUAACGGGGCUGGCAAGAAGCCGCGCGAAGUCUUGCCGGCAAAUGUGAAGCCGGUGCAUUAUCAACUGCAAAUGGAACCCGAUUUCACGGGAUUCACGUUUCAGGGACAGGUAAACAUUGAGCUCGAGGUAAACGACCCUGCUGUGAAUUCUGUGGAGCUCAACACAUGCGACCUCGAGAUUCAGGAAUCGCGCAUUGGCGAGACGGCUGCCACGUUUGUUGAGCACAAUGAAGACCUGCAGCGCACGCGCUUUACGUUUCCGGAAACUGUCUUCCAACAGGACAAGCGCGUGACGUUAAGCUUGAAGUUCACCGGCAUUCUAAACGACAACAUGGCGGGCUUUUACCGGGCCAAGUACGAGGACAAAUUGACGGGCGAGACGAAGUAUAUGGCUACGACACAGAUGGAGCCGACUGACGCGCGCCGUGCCUUCCCCUGCUUUGACGAACCCAACCUAAAGGCUACAUAUGAUAUCACGCUUGUUUCCGAGCCAAACUACACUCACCUGUCCAACAUGGAUGUGAAGAAGGAGGAAUUACGCGAUGGGAAGAAGUACACUGAGUUUAACACUACGCCACCUAUGUCGACAUACCUAGUUGCCUUUGUCAUCUCUGAGUUGCGCUACGUGGAGAACAAGGACUUCCGUAUCCCAAUUCGUGUGUAUGCAACGCCAGGUAAUGAACACUUGGGCCAGUUUGCUGCGGACCUCACUGCCAAGACGCUAGCGUUCUUUGAGAAUGCAUUUGGUAUUCAGUACCCCUUGCCUAAGAUAGACAAUGUCGCCGUGCACGAAUUUAGCGCGGGUGCCAUGGAAAACUGGGGUCUUGUUACCUACCGUGUCGUGGACCUUUUGCUUGACAGGGAGAACACCACCUUGGGCUGCUUGCAACGUGUGGCUGAAGUUGUUCAGCACGAAUUAGCCCACCAAUGGUUCGGAAACCUUGUGACCAUGGAUUGGUGGGAAGGUCUCUGGUUGAAUGAGGGGUUUGCCACUUGGAUGUCAUGGUACUCUUGCAAUGAAUUCGAACCCGAGUGGAGGGUGUGGGAGCAAUAUGUUCCAGACAAUCUACAAAGUGCACUAUCUCUGGAUUCGCUAAGGUCUUCUCACCCAAUUGAGGUCCCUGUGAAACGUGCUGACGAGAUCAAUCAGAUUUUUGAUGCCAUUUCUUACUCGAAGGGCUCUUCUCUUUUGAGAAUGAUUUCUAAGUGGCUCGGUGAGGAUGUCUUUGUUAAGGGUGUCUCCAACUACUUGAACAAGUUCAAGUACGGGAACGCGAAGACCACCGACUUGUGGGAUGCGUUAUCCGAGACAUCCGGCAAAGACGUUCGCAGCGUAAUGGAUAUCUGGACAAAGAAGGUUGGAUUCCCAGUUAUCACUGUCGAGGAAAAUGAUGGCAAACUAACUUUUACUCAACAUCGUUAUUUGUCAACUGGAGAUGUAAAGCCGGAAGAAGAUCAGACAAUCUAUCCUGUUUUUCUAUCAUUGAGGACUAAAAAAGGCGUGGAUAAUACCCUGGUUUUGGAUAAGAGAUCCAUUAGUGUUGACUUGGAAGACAUUGACUUUUACAAGGUCAACGCUGACCAGGCAGGUAUUUACAUCACUUCCUACCCCGAUGAAAGGUGGGACAAAUUUGCCUCCCAGGCUUCCUUAUUAUCUGUUGAGGACCGGACCGGUUUAGUGGGCGACGUUAGAUCUCUAGCGUCUUCUGGUUACACUUCUACCGCAAACCUUUUGAAGCUUGUUUCAAAGUGGUCAAAUGAAGACUCCUUUGUUGUGUGGGAUGAAAUGGCCAGUUGCUUGUUUUCUUUACGCUCCAACUGGAUGUUCGAAAAUGAGGAGGUAACUAAGGCAAUUGACCACUACCUCAGGCAGCUAUUUGCGCCAAAAGCUCAUGCCUUGGGCUGGAACUUCACUGACGAGGAUACUUUUGCUUCGCAACGCCUGAAGAUUAGACUUUUCUCCGCAGCAUGCUCUGUCGGCGACGAGAAGGUUAGCAAUGCCGCUUUGGAAAUGUUUGAUAAAUAUAUUGCCGGUGACAAGAAGGCUAUCCACCCUCUAAUUAAGCCAUCGGUCUUUAUUGCUGCUGCUAACAAGGGCACGGAGUUCUACUAUGAGAAGAUACUCGAAAUUUACAAGAACGCAUCAUCGGAUGAUGAGAAGCUAGCUGCGCUGAGAACGUUGGGUAAGUUCAACGAUCCUAAACUGAUUCAGAGAACCUUGGGCUUCUUGUUUGACGGUACUGUUCUAACCCAGGAUAUAUAUAUCCCAAUGCAGGGUCUUCGUACCCACAAGGAGGGUAUCGUUGCUCUCUGGGCUUGGUUCCAAGAAAACUGGGAUGAAAUUGUCAAGAGAUUACCACCCGGUCUAUCCAUGCUUGGAUCCGUUGUCAUUCUUGCUACUUCCGCCUUCAGUUCUCACCAAAUGGCAGAUGAGGUAAGAGCCUUCUUUGCAACUAAAUCCACCAAGGGCUUUGACCAGAGCUUGGCACAGUCGCUCGACAGUAUUACCGCGAAAGCGCAAUGGCUGGACAGAGACCGCGAGGUGGUGGCAGAGUACUUGAAGGGAAACUAUUAUAAGAACCACAAGUAA